UAUUUUCUCUGAACGGGAACCGAACGAAGCAACGAAAGAACAUCUACAACUCUAUCCACGGUGCAACCAUGGCGAAGUCCAGCAGAAAGGUCAAGAAGGAACCGGCGUCCGAUUGUAUCAAGGAGGAACCCACAGGUAUGGAUAACAAUGGUUCAACCAAGUCGGAACACGACAAGGCCAAGAACGUCAAGGAGGAGGCCUCCCCCGGUAAGGUCAAGAUGGAAGCCGUUCUCGACAUUGUGAAGAUGGAGGAAUCUACCACCGACCAGGUCAAGAAGGAGUCUGCCACCGACGAGGUCAAGGAGGAAGCCGUUCUCGAUGUUGUGAAGACAGAGGAACCUACCACCGACAAGGUCAAGGAGGAACUCGUCCGUGACAAGCUCAACGUGGAGAAUGAAGCCUCCGAGAUGGACGACGGUGACGUGGAAGGUGCUACCGAAACUAGUCCGAAGGAUGAAGAGAUGGAGGACGAGGACAAGACCCCCGAAGCUGCCAAGGAGAAGGCUUCCAAGGCAAGCGGCAAGAAGAAACCAAAGAUCAGGGUGGACGUCCAAGAUAAGAUUCUUGCAUACUUUGGUCAACAGCUUCAAACGGAUCGAAAGGACGUACCCAAGGAAGAAGUAGCCCAGGAAUGUGGCUUCGCCAAGAGCGGGUCGCACGGCUUCUUUUAUGCCUGGCAAGACCUUUUGAAAAACAAAGGGUGGAUUGCAAGGUCCAGUGAAAAGGGUUGCUUUCGACUCACGGACCAAGGCAAGGACAACAUUCCGGAAGGAGUUGUCUUGGUGUCGGCUCGCAAGGACAAUGCAGGCAUGCUAGAAUUCUUCAAAACGUGUCUCUUGAAGCAGUGCAAAAAGGCGAAAUCCGACAAGGUGGACAUUAUGUUUGACAUUCUAAAGGAUGGAAAGCCUCAUUCCCUGGAGGAGUUCACAAAUGCCACGGGGUAUGCGAAUCUCAAAUCGGCAGGCCUCGGUUAUCCCUUUAGUCAUAUGGAAAAGAAAAUGAAGGUCCUUGAGAAGAAUGCGGAUAAGAUGUAUCAACUCACUGACAAGUGUUUCCCGGAUGGAAGGCCCUGAGUGCUGCCUUGUGGGCUCACCUCGUUUCCUGACGUUUUGCGUGGACGGCGUUUGUUUCUUCUGCAUUCUGGUAUAUUGCAAUAUAAGGACCAAUGGUAUGGUAGGUAUGCUGCACUAUCACGACCUUUGGAAUUUUUACUAGCAUUCACAAUUAUUG